AUGGAGGGUCUAUCAGCUGCGGCCAACAUCAUAGCUGUUGUCCAGCUCGCGGCAAAGGUUGGAAAGGUCUGCGUCCAAUAUGCACGAGAAGUUAAAAAUGCACCCAAAGACAUCGAGCGCGUUAAGGAACAGGUGGAUGCAAUUUCAAAGCUACUUAUUCACACGCAACGACUUCUCGACGGGCCAUACAGGAGUAAACUAUCAGCUUCCACGGACCUGGAAUCCUCGCUAUCAGGUUGCAAGGACCAACUUGAUUAUCUGCUCAGAAAGCUCGAAGUGGACUUCACCCAGCACCCAAAUGGGAAAGGCCGACGCCGGGACAAAUUAUUACGCCCCUUUAAAAUCAGUUCUCAUGAUUUGAAGUGGCCAUUCACCAAGACGGAGGCAGAUGACAUCAUCAGGCGGCUCAUAACGGCACAAGAGCUCAUUAAUCGCGCGCUCCAGGUCGACCAAAUUAAUGUCGUCCUUAGUGUCGAGCAAAAGGCAAAUCUCGAGAAGCUCCCCAUUGCUAAUGGCGCAAUUUUUAAUUCUUUCGAGGACGAAGACGAGCCAGAAUGCUUACCUGGUACCAGAACCGAUCUGUUGAGAGACCUCAAUACCUGGAUAGCAGAUCCAAAGGAGACACGGAUAUUUUGGCUUUGUGGAAUGGCAGGCACUGGAAAGUCGACCAUUUCCAGGACCCUGGCCCGAAUCCUGAGUGAAAAUGGACAACUGGGAGCUAGCUUCUUCUUCAAACGCGGUAAAGCAAACCGAGGUGAUGCGUCCAGAUUCUUUAGCACACUUGCGAUGGAUUUACAAUCUAUAAUACCACAACUGGGACCCUACAUCAGUGAAACUGUAGAGAAAGAUCCAAAUAUCUGCCAAAAGUCUCUAUCAGAACAGUUUCAAAAGCUACUAUUCGACCCUCUUAAAAAAAUUCGGCGAACUGAUGUCCCGGACCCUUCGAAAGCCCUUGUACUCGUGAUUGACGCCCUUGACGAAUGUGAGGGCGAUGGAAUUGUCCAAAGGAUAAUUGAAUUUUUUGGCCAGCUAGCGGGUGUGGACUUAAAUAUGCGUAUCUUCGCCACCAGUCGACCAGAAGCUCCCAUUAAGGCUGGGUUUGAGGACUUGACGCGGGAUCAUAAGGACAUAUUAUUGCAUAAUAUUCAGGAACCUACCAUAAAAGACGAUAUUUCGAUAUUUCUCCAAUAUGAAUUUGGAAAAAUAAGGAAGACGCGGAAGCUCGGUAGCAAUUGGCCCGGGGAUGGCACAAUUGUUACGUUAACUGAUAUGACAGUUCCGCUUUUCAUCUCAGCAGCUACCUUGUGCCGCUUCAUUGGAGACAAAAGGUUUUCUGUGCAUCAGAGAUUGGAGAAUGUCUUAAAAUUCCGAAAUGCGUCCUUUGCAUCCAAACUAGACCAAACCUACCGUCCUAUAUUCGACCAAAUUCUUGCCGACACAGAUAAAUCAGAAGAGGACGAACUGAUUCGAGGGUUCCAGGAAAUUGUUGGUACUAUAAUUUUACUAGAGUCCCCCCUUGGACUGACUUCUCUUUCCAUCCUCCUUGAUAUGGAGGAGGAGCAGCUUCACUGUCGGUUGGAUCGGUUUCAAUCGGUCAUCAAUAUUUCAGACGACCCUGGCACCCCGAUACAAAUCUACCAUUUAUCUUUUCGAGACUAUUUGCUUGAUAGAAAUAAACAUACAGACUGGUUCCGAAUUAACUCUUCCCAGCUCCACUGGUCGAUUGGGGCUAAUUGCCUCCGGUUUUUAUCGAAGGCGCUCAAGCCAGAUAUUUGCAAUCUAAUACACCCAGGAACUCGAAUCCAAGAUAUUGAUCCUACCGUUCGGGGGCAACAUAUCACGCCGGAGAUUGCAUAUUCUUGCCAAUAUUGGGCUUACCAUCUUACCCACUGUAUGGAUGAGUCGGGCCUUGACGAAGAGAAGAGCCAGACUUUGCUUAAGUUUCUGGAAAGUCACUUAUUACACUGGCUUGAAACAAUGAUCAUCCUUGGUGCUCUUGAUAAAGCCCUGGAUGCAGUUAAUAAUUUACAAUCGCCAAAUCAAGGUCUUUCAGCACUACUUCGUGAUGCUAUUUUCUUUGUGAAUCUUCACUCAGGCACCAUCAGUGAGGCGCCGCUACAACUAUAUUCCUCUGCUUUGCUGUUUACACCGGAGAACAGCAUUAUAAAGCGGCUAUUCUUCCGGGGUUUGCCCGCUUGGAUCCCAAGACCACAAAGUUGGCACGGUGACUGGGGCUAUUGUGUUCGGGACAUAUGCCCGACAGAGAUCGAAAUCCAAGACGAAUUGGUGAUUUCUCCAGACGGGAACUUACUUGCCUUUAUUGAUGGGAGGGACACUUGUGAGGUGCGGAACGCAAUCUCGGGGAAGGUUUCACAAUUAAUCUCGAUUACGGAAUUGAUUCGUUGCGACGGGCAGAAGAUGUCAAUUUUGUCUGUACAUUUCACGGAAGACAGCAAAUACCUAGUGGCCAUAGUGAAUACGGGACAGGUUGUGCUUCGAGACCUAUUAACCGGCCGAACGUCACUGAAAAUAAUAAACCUAGACAUAAAUUCAAACACUGGGCAUGACCCGGAAUUUUCAAAUUCUCUUCAAAAGCAGAUCAAGACGUCAGAGUCCAGCCAGUCAGCCAAUUAUGCAGCAUUCUCAUCCGACAGUAUGUUUCUAGCAUUCGGCUAUGACAACGGUCAGGUAAAGAUGUGGGCACGGUCAAACUUUGAAUCCGACUUUCAGCCAUCACACCUUCAAGGCUUCGAUUUCGACCCUAUCUUGGCCGAUAGGCGCCCUUGGGAUUUUCUAUUGAUGGAAUUCGAACCCAAAACUAAAACUCUUGCCGCUGUUUUGUAUAACUGGUGGCCAGAUGGUGCACCUCUGUCGAUACUGGAGGCUGUGACGAUUUUUAUUCUGUGGGAUAUCAAAAGCGGGAAUAUCGUUAAUACCUAUCGAUAUUACAACGAAAAGGCUCCUUAUGCGUGUGCGUUCUCGGUUGAUUGCAAAUAUUUGGCCGUUGCGCUACCGGAGUCGACAGUUGAGAUCUGGGAUUCAACUUCGCAUUCUACCCUUCAACAGCUCAAGGAAUCCCUGGACAGGCCAAAAAAUAAGGUCCGGUCAUUUAAGUUUUCUCCGGAUGGAAAACACCUAGCGAUUGGAUAUACGGAGCAAAGGGUGAGGAUACUAGAUCUAAUGAAUGAAGUCUACAUUGAAAGAUACAAGGAAGAGCGCGGCGGAUAUUGGGAAAUGGGUCCGAUGGUAUUUUCGAAAAAUGGCUAUCUUCUGUUUUGUAUCAGGAUAGAUCAACUACAAGCAUGGUGUAUAGACCUUGCAGGGCUCAAAGCCUCCUCCCAUGAUGGCACUCUACAGAGCCGUCAAAUUAAAGAGCCUAAGGUUUCCCGUUCCAUAGACCGCGUUAGUGAGGUACUUAAGCCAAUAGCAACACUGUCUCCAGACAGGAAGUAUCUGGCGGUGUCCCGAUCACCUGGGAAGCUUCAGCUACAGGAUCUUGUAUCUGGAAAAUCACAAAUCUUGCUUACCGACGAACCCUCCAUGGGAUUUGAAGCUGCAACAGAUUUCGAGUUUUCCUCAGAUUCAAAAUGGUUAGCAGCUAACAGAGCUACAGGACAUUUAGUGUUGUGGGAAACGAACAACGCUAGCGGAGCUCCAAGAACACUAGAGCCUUCGGAUGUUCAAGGAGAGCGCCGAUACGAAGUUGCAGGGGGGACGCCUAGGUCUCUGUGCUUCUCGAUUGAUAAUAAUCAACUAUUUUAUAUUACCGGGAAUGUGACAGUGGAGGCUUGGAACUUGGCCACAGGGAGCAGAUCUCGGAUUUAUAUGAAUGAGAGGUAUCGCGGCUUUGAAAUCCAAGCAUUGAAGCCAACACCAGACGGAUUACACUUGUUGAACCUCUUUGGACGGGAAUUUACGACAUCUCGUACAUUAUCAUUCUCAGAGGAUGGAAGGUUACUUGCAAUAGCUGCAUUAAGGACCGUUGUCAUUUUGAACAUUGAUAUUUCAACGGCCAUUGGAGCUAUCGCAACCGAGAUCGUCAAUAAUCUAUCCUUCUCAACGGGGGGGCCGGGUACGGGUCAUAGCCUCAUCAUCAAUCGUGGCGCUGAAUCUAUGACCGUAGACGUGUCUAAAUCACUGCAAGUUUCUGAAAGGUCACCAGGAUUCCUUGACCUCGGAUGGAUAGUCUCCAAUAAUUCUACGAUUCUUCGAUUACCCUCUGAACUUCAUCCUACAGGAUCCUUUGUCGGUGUAGCUGGUGACGUCUUCGUCUUCCUGCUAGAGAACGGCGACCCUUUUUUCUUGGAAAUUACGGACAUGGCUAUAAGGAACUUACUGGCAGAGCACACAAAUGUACAAGGCAAAAGGGGUAUUUAA